AUGGGUUUAUGUCAAUCCGUUGAGGAUAAACAACUUUCACAAAAAAGUAAAGCAAUCGAUAAGGAGAUGAUGCAAGGACAUAUUGCACAACAGAAAGUCGUCAAACUUCUACUUUUAGGAGCUGGAGAAUGUGGGAAGAGUACAGUAUUGAAACAGAUGAGGAUCCUCCAUGAUCAUGGUUUCUCGCAAGAGGAAGCCGAACAACAAAAAGGUGUUGUUUACAAUAACACUGUACAAGCGAUGGCUCAAAUUCUUCGAGCGAUGAACGGUCUGAAAAUAUCGCUAGAAGAUCCGUCAAAAGAGGCUGAUGCACGUGUGGUUUUGGACACGAUUAAAGCUGGACAAGAAUCCGAACCAUUCACACCCGAACUCACUCAGGCACUAAAAAAUCUCUGGGCUGAUCCGGCUGUAUCAGUGACGGCAAUUAAUCGUGGAAAUGAAUAUCAACUGACAGAAAGCGCGCCACAUUUCCUCAGUUCAAUAGAUCGUAUAGCUGCUAAGGAUUACAAACCUACAGAACAUGAUAUCCUACUUUCACGGAUUAAAACUACUGGCAUUGUGGAAGUGAAAUUCCGAAUGAAAAAUGUUGAUUUUCGGGUAUUUGAUGUCGGUGGACAACGUUCGGAACGGAAAAAAUGGAUUCAUUGCUUUGAAGACGUGAACGCUAUCAUUUUUAUUGCUGCAAUAUCAGAAUAUGAUCAAGUCUUAUUUGAAGAUGAGACAACGAAUCGUAUGGUGGAAUCAAUGCGAUUAUUUGAAUCAAUUUGUAACAGUCGAUGGUUUAUAAACACCUCAAUGAUCCUAUUUCUUAACAAAAAGGAUUUAUUCGCGGAAAAAAUUCAACGCACUAAUAUCACUGUCGCAUUUCCUGAUUAUAAAGGUGCACAAAAUUACGACGAAGCAACUGCAUUUAUUGAGGAAAAAUUCGAAGGAUUAAAUGCGAAUCCAGAAAAGACAAUAUACAUUCAUCAAACGUGUGCCACAGAUACAAAUCAAGUGCAAAUGAUCCUAGACUCUGUUAUCGAUAUGAUAAUUCAAGCAAAUCUUCAAGGUUGUGGUUUAUACUGA